AUGCCUCGUAUCUUGAUUAUAGGAGGCUCCUUCGGGGGCCUUGGAGCUCUGAAAAGUAUUAUCAAGAAGGCACAGAACCUGACACAGCAGCUGGACGUCACGCUGGUCGAGCCAAAGCUCGGAAUCCUCAAUAUUCUUGGUAUCCCAAAGGCGGUGCUUGAUCCCGAGUUUGCAGCCGAGUCGUUUGUCUCGUUUGAGCGCGCCAACGUGUACUGGGACACCAUCAAGCUGCAGGAGGAUAUGCCAUUUGACACAAAAAAGGUGUUGAGAAGCGAAAACGGCGAUAAGCCGCACAUCGGAGUUGCUGCCGAGGAGCUUAAGUACAACCCCAACCUAAAGCUGCAUUUUGUGCAGGGCCACGUGACCGAGCUCGUGAACAACAUUGCCAAGGUGAAGAUCGGGAAGCUCGACAAAGGCCGGCUGCCAGAAAGGUACCGGCCGACGAAAUCGGCCGAGGAGGUGGAUAUUCCGUACGACAGCGUCAUUAUUGCUAGCGGUCGGACGAGAAACUGGCCGUUGGACCCGCUCUCGUCGACGGUGGAGGAACUCAGGAAGGAGAUGGCCGACUCUACCGCGCAGAUUAAAAAUGCGAAAAAAACGGUGAUUAUUGGCGGCGGCGCCUUGGGAAUUGAGCUUGCCGGCGAGAUUAAGCACCAGUUCCCAGAAAAAGAGGUCGUGUUGGUCCAUCCACACGCCACUCUGCCACCAGAGCCUCUGAUUUGCGACAGAUUCAAGCAGCAGGUGCUUGAAUUUCUCAACAACCUCGGAGUUGAAGUGCUGCUCAACACGAGAAUUAAAACUGAACAGGCAGACGGUGUUCUGGUGACCACCGACGGCAGAGUCAUCACAAGUGACCUAACGUUCUGGUGCAACUACAAGAAGAACAACGUGGACUUUCUGGCGAAGAACUACCCGAACGUGUUUGCUCCUAACGGCGACAUCCUCGUCACCCAUCAAUACGAGGUCAAGACCGACAAGGGCAAUGUUAUUGGCAAUGUUUUUGCGGUCGGCGACUUGGCAGACCUGCCGCUGGUGAAAACUGCCGGAUGGGCCUACAGAGAGGGCUGUCAGGCCGGCAACAACGCGGUGGAGCUUGUGCUGAACAAAGACAGAGGCGGCUACGAAUCCGUGGACAAGGAGUACCUAGAGAAGGGAGGUAUGCUCCUUGUGGUGGGCAUGGAACAGAGCAUCUGCGAGGAUUUCCUUGGGCAGAUUUUCAUCAACGAUCCCGAGCAUCUGAAGAUGUAUGAGGAUUAUAGACUGAGCAGUAUGUUCCCGACGUAUGGGCUGACAAAGGAACAGUAG